AUUCGGUAGUGGGCGUGACGUCAUUUAUUCAGCCAUAUUUCCGUCGUGACGCAUGCGUAUUUGUCGGAAAGCGAGAAUCGUCAGUACCGGGAUUAGAAUUGAAGCCAUUUGUGACACUGUAGUAUUGGUUUGUACGAAUAUUGCGGUAAUAUCUAUUGCAGUGUCUCCCUUGUAUUACUAAAUAAUGGCGAAACCAGAGCAAAUAUUAUUAAUAGAGCCCCAACACGAAUUGAAAUUCCGAGGCCCUUUCACCGCACCUGUCACUUCGUAUAUGAAAUUAACCAAUCCAUCUGAUAAGAGAGUUUUAUUUAAAAUAAAAACAACUGCUCCAAAGAAGUAUUGUGUGAGACCAAAUUCUGGCCUUUUGGAUGCAAAGGACAUGAUUGAAAUAGCAGUGUGUUUACAACCCUUUGACUAUGAUCCAAAUGAGAAAAAUAAACAUAAAUUUAUGGUUCAGACAAUGAUUGCACCCGAUGGUGAAUUAAAUGCAGAGACUCUGUGGAAAGAAGUACAUCAAGAUAACUUGAUGGAUUCAAAGUUGAAAUGUGUAUUCGAAAUGCCAGAAUAUCAUCCCGCUGCUCCACAAGAAAACAACCUUGAUGCUUCUCCUGCUGUUCAUGAGGAAAAAACUAAAAGGAUUGGAGAUAGCGCAAAAUUCUCACCUAAGCCAAACACUGUCACAGAAGAACUAUUGAAAGCAGCUACUGAAGUAAAGCGUUUGCGUGAGGAGGAAAGUUCACUGCGGCAAGAAAACCUACAACUGAAGGAGGAGUUACUUCGGCUGCGUCAUUCAUCUGUUGUAGCGGACACCACAUCACCUAACAAUCCUGCAACUUCUAUUCCUGCUACCUCACCAAUGUUUUUCGUGGCAUUGGCUGUAAUUAUGGGAUUGUUGGGUGUGCUUUUGGGCAAAUUUUUCCUAUGAAUAUUUGUCUUUAUGAUCGCAGCACAGCGCUGCAAACUCGUGAGUCUGUUGUAUGCUGCUCAGCUUCCCUCUUCCUCUUCAAUCCAAUACACCAUUCUCUCCAUUCAUCUUCAUCCUAAUAUCUGGCUGUAUCUUGUAGUAUGUCUGUGCCUCCUGUUGUAUAUCCUUUUUUUCCCGUAUAUUAAUUUUAUAUGUGGUAUGUGGAAAAGAGGAAGGGGGAAAGGAGAAGAUUUUUUUUUUCUAAGCUGUGACAUUGUGCCAUUGAAAGGCAGUCCCCCGAAUUUUGACUUGAGUAGGCGACUCACAUUGAAUGGCUUACCAUGUUUGUAAAUAAUGUGUUGUAAAUGGACUAUAGGGCAAAACAAGCAAAUAACAGUAGGACUAUUCAUUGCCAAAAUUAGUCAAUAAUAAAUUGAACAUUGCACCUUUAAUUUAGAUAUGUUGGUAGUAUCGUUUGGCCAUGUUACUGAUGUUAGAAGUUCAUAUAGUAGAACAAAAAGCUUAGCAGGCAUCAAGACCAUACUUUUUGUGUUUUGUUACUUGUUACUUUGAUACAUUAUUGUAUCGAUAUUAAAUUCUUGUUCGUGAGGAGACUGAUGUUUAAUGAAGUGCAAGCCAAUCUACGUAACCAUACAUAAAUUUAUAAUAUUUACAUGGGUACUGAAAUCCACUUAAUGAUUUUGUAAUUAAUUAUCAACGAGUUCAUAUGGCCUCUGGUAAAAGGGAAAAAACUGGAUGCAGGUCAUCGGGUGUUUAGUUUUAAUUUUCAAAUGUAAUUUAAUACUGCAGUUCAUUUGCCACAAAACUGUUUGCCACAAUGUUUGUGAUUAAGUCCUGAACCUCAGGGUACAUUGAUAUGGAGGUGUAAUAUGUGGUUUAUGACAAAUGAAAAAAGUUUGGGUUGUAUAUUUUGUCAUCGGUUUUGAAAAUUGCUGCUAGACAGAAUGGAAUGUUUUUCUCUUGUAUGAACCUUAAUUGUGAGCAGCAAGUAGUUACAUGGACAGCAUGCAUAUGUAUCCUCAUUGGAAUAGGAUUUUUUAUGCUUCUAUUGCACAGUAUAUUCUUAAAAGAAAAAGCCAAGGACGGAAUGUAUCAUGUGGGAGUGGAAUUUUGACAUAGUGUCUACACUGAGUGUAGUGAAUUUAUUAGACUGUUUUGCUUGAUAAUAAUGUGAUGCAUAGUUACUUGAAUUUAUAAAGAAAGUGCCCUUGACUUCAUGCACUUCUGUAUGGAGCACCAUUUUCCAGUUUUCUCAUGACAAUUGCUACACAGGUUUGAAUAUUGAUUUUAUUUGUUUUCAUUUCUAAUAUCAAAUGAUUUUAUUUUUUUUUAUCUACAUGACUGUUGUCAGAUGAGAAUACUUUUUCGAGGUGGCAAUUGCCUACAUUUAAUUAUAAAAAAAUCAUGGGCACAAGUAGUGUAGCUAUUUUCUUUGAACCCUGCAUCGAGUGUCCCCAUCAAUUAUAUCCUAAUUCUGGCAUCAUGACCAUGUGUGAAGGACACAUGAAUACACCCUUCGCUGUGAAUUACAUUUUUCAGGUUAUGCCAGUUAUGCAGAGUAGUGUGAUAAUAUGGAAUUGUUAUGUCGCAGAGAUAAUCAUAGCUUGUUCACAUUGUGCAGACCGUUUAAAUAUAUUUUCAGUUUAUGUAAAGUUAUUGACUGUUCCUUCGUUUCUGGGAAUAGAAACUUUUGUGCAUUACUUUAAGUAUUUAGAUAAUAUCUUAUGGAAUUACUAAUUUUCCAGCACAAAUGUAAAAUGGGAAAAUAAAUAUCUUAAAAAGUUUACAAAUGCUCAGACGAUAUAGCAGGAUAAGAUAAAUGGUUAUUGCUGAAUCACAUGAAUUGGUGUGAACAGGUGUGGAAAUUUGUUGGUUUUGUGUUUUGUAACUUAUUAAAUCAUUUUACAAGAAUCAGCUUUAUCUAAAUGGAUUUUUUAUUAUUUUUUUUCCAUGAAUUUCAGGAUUUUGAGAUUAUGAAAGCUAUUGAAAUGUUCAAGCCACCAAAAUAACUAAAUGAAUUGUUAAAUGAAUAAUAUGUAGAAUGAUAGAAUUUAUAAAAUUAAUAACAGCAUUAGAUACGAAAUACACUUGAAAAACAACGGUCAUAAUUUAUUACAGACACUUGGAUAUUGUAGAUGUCUUGAAAAAAUGAAUUGCAAAAUACGGAGGUGACAGGGUAAUGAGUGUGAAAAUCUGUUUUCAGAAGAAAAGUAUCUGAGUAACUACUAAUACCAGCAAUCUAGAAAUUAGUCAUACAAGUAAUAUAUAUCUGAUACUACUUGCGUAGGAUUAUUGCUAUUGUAGCAGUCUUCCUAACCCUGUCACCUGAAUGGUUUGCUUUCAUUUCAGGUCUGUGUUUAUUGUGCAAGGUUAUCUACAUGAGGGAGGGCAUUAACAAUAAUGUGUUGGUGUUUUAGUCAGUUCAGAAAAGAGCAUCAAAGAAAAUGUUUAUGUUGACGAAAGUGUGUAUUUUCACAAAGUAGAAGUAGGAGAGUCAAUGUGCUUUUUAUUCCUGCUACAAAAUACAUGCUCUUAUUAAGUCAUGUUAUUAAGGAAUUGGCCCUGUGAAAGAUUUUGUAGCUGGGUAGCUGGCUGAUCAAUACAGUGAAUGCAGUCCUAUAUUCAACCAUGCUUUUUCUCAAUUCCACUGUUCCCCUAUCUUCCAUUAUUUUUAGUAUCCUCUCUUCUUUCACUACUUUCAUGUUUUGUUUUCAACUUUCACUUUCAAACGUUUGUAAAUGUUUUUAUUGAAUAAAGUCAGAUGUGAAGUGUUGUGAUCAUCUGAUAAUAAAAAUAAUGGUAAUCCUGUAAAUUUCAGAGAGAAAGGAACCCCUCUUCAAGAAUUUGCUUCUGCAACUUCUUUCACAUUAUUUAAGUUGUUAACUUGUUUCAUGCUUAAAAGUACUGCAUUUAUUUUGUGUUAUGUGCUUGCUGCCUUCAGUAUAAUUUGGAAUCUAAUUAAAUCUUGUGUGAGUAUAUGCUCUCCUUUUGUUUUCUUCCAAAGUAGUAGACUUUUCACCCUCAAGGUUCAGGACUGGUCAGCUGCACUAUAUUUAUUAAAACAGAAUUGGUGUCGGCAGUUGCUUGGUCUGCUAUGUAUAGUUGGUGGAUAAGCAUUAUGCACUGGGACUAUGCAGUUAUUUAAAGUCCAAAACAGCUAAAAGUCAUUAGGUGCAUGCAGCUUUUGUCUUAGGGCAGUAUUUAAAGUGAACAUUUUCUUAAUACAUUUAUGAAUGGAUGGGGUUACCAGACACCAGAGCAGUGCAAGACAAGACAUGUAGCCACAAGCAGGGUGCUAAUUAAUAAUGGACUACUGACCAUGGAAUGUUAAGUGAUAUGCGUCUCAUUAUUUAUUAUAUUGGUGAUACAUAACAAUUAUAUGUAAAGUUGAAGUGCAUUAUAUGUACUCCCCUUGGUUUUAUACACAUGAAACAUUAAUGCCCUAGAGUACAUUUGUAUGUUGGACUUGCUCAGGUCAUUAUUAUGUAAUCAUUGUGACCUAAUGACAAGCAGCCUUGUUAUGAUUUCUUGUAUUGUGUAAGAGAAUCUUUCUCUUGGACUUGUACAAAGAAGAGUGGUAUUUGAAUUUUGAAUGUGCUGGAAUUGCAGUAAUCUUUGUAGAAUUGAAAUAUGAUGUAAAGUGAUGUAAGUGCCAUGAGAAUUGAGUGAUACAAGGUAUCGUUGAAUGGCAUUUUACUAUUAGUUGCGAACUUGUUGAAAAGCUGUGAAUGAGUGUGCAGUGAGAGGAUAUGUUAACAAAUAAGAACAAAUAAGGACAUUCAAAAAUAAAAGGAAAGAUUGGCUAAAAAUACCAGGUGAGCCUUCAGUAAAUGAAUGUUUGCAAUCAUAAAAUGCCUGUGAUGCCUGGUAACCCUGCGAGUUGUUGAACUAGUAACCUCAGUGCUCCUUGAAUGUGGGGAUUGAGGAAGACAACUUUUUCUUAAUUUCCAACAUUUGCCUCAAUACCUUGAACAUUGUUAUCCACUUUUCACUUUGUAGUAGAUGAUUUUAUGGAUAUAUUAUAGUCUUAACAAUGUACUCUACAUUUUUAUGCAAUGCCUUAAUUCACAAGGGACUAGGUUCCAAGACAUCAGGCUGUUAUUUAUGGCCAGCCCGUUCUUCUGAAAAGGUGAUUUGUGUUCAUAAAGUUUGCUGAAUGAUGGAUGUGCAACCAUCACAGAGCGGGGGCCACAGAUAAUUCUCACCUUGUAAAUGCAAAAUAGUACUCUAAUCCCCUGACUUUUGGUGUUUUAAAUUGAUUCCAAAUAGGUUAUUCAUUGGGGAAUUGUGUGUGUCAGCUAUGUGAUGAACAUUGUGGAUCUAAGAAGGUCUUCAUUUUCGGAUCUUCUGAAAACCAAUAAAACGAUUGAAUACAGUAAAAUAAUGUAACUUGCGCACUCAGCAUUCCUCCUUGUGCAUGAUCCCAAGUAUCACUUAUAAGGACCAGGGCAGCUUUAUCACUUCAUUAUGUGGUCUGUAUGGGACCUUGCCUUACUGUAUUCUGCUGUUUGUAACCUUCCCCACAUUAUCUGGUCCUUGUUUAACUCUUGGUAUCAAGUUAACUAUGUCACAUUAGUAAAUUUUUAUCUAUAAUACUAUUUUUAUAUCCUGGGGCAAUUUUCAAUAUUUCAGGAAGGGGCCAAUUCUAGGAAGAACAUUGUAUAAUUUUGUGAUAAAUGUAAAGUUAAAUAGCGGCCCGCGAACUGUGGGUUGCACACACCUGUGCUGAAUGUCUAUACAGAUCUACUUCAUGUUCAAAAUGAAUUUUCUGACCCUGAAGUAAUUUGUGACUACAGUCAACUCUUCAGAAUGUUAUCUUUGGGGACAGAAUGCCUAUGCCACACACAAAUUCCAUUCAUCUUCCCAAAAACAUACAAAACCUUCAGCGAGCUGGAGUAGUGAGGAUCCUGGUGCUGCCAUUACGGACUGUUACAACAGAAUAAAAUCUUUUGACACAGCCUCUCAUCUUUACUCCUCAUGAGUUUGUUUCAAAGCAUGAAUUGACACAUUAUUUGUACACUGUUGAAUAAUAUUUGUUUUUUGAUAAUUUAAUGUUGACAGGAAUAAUUCUUUAUAGAUGUAGAAAUAUUGGUAUUACCUAAAUAAAACCCUAUAUACUAGGAUUCAGUAUUUUUACUGUAUAUGGUCGAACACUAAUGCAUAUUGUGUACCUUGAACUGGGAAUUUUGUAUGUAAUUUUGUAUCCACAUGCCUUCAAUUUCCUGCCUUGGAAUUUUAUUUGAUAGUUAUUCUUGCCUUCUUUGUUAGUAAUGUUUAUAAAACAACUAAAGUACAUUUACUAUUUUCAGUUCUGUAUAAUUGAGAUUUCAUGAAUAUCUAAUAUGAAUAUCUUGAUAAUUAACAUUUUAAAUGUCUCUUAAAAGGAUUUGCUUAGAAUGCAAGCAAUUUAUUAAUAUUCAUCAUGAAUAUUAAUUGCUUAAAUUCUGUACAGUUGUACAUUGUAAGCAUAUGAAAAGCUUUUGUUGCUGACAGUCGUGUACUAAAUUAUACUUGUGAAUAUGGGUGCAUGUCAAGCUGUGGUAUCCCUUUCUCUGGCAUUAAAAAUCAAAUUUAUUCAGAUUGCAAAAUAAAUAUGGAAAAUUGCUAAAUUGUUAUUUUCAUGAAAGUAAAUAAACAUUUUAUCAGGUCCAAAAAAUUUUGAACAGGUAUGUCAAACUGCUUCUUGGUUGUCUC